AUGGAGCUUCGCCCGCUUGUGGCCGAUGAGACUGGCGAGACCUCACCUACGCCACAGACCGUGCCCCACCAUGAUCCCAAUGGCCGAAGUUGGUCGCAUCCUACGCGCCGGCUGUGCCAUUCUUGCACGGCGGUUGUGGCCGUACUGGCGCUGGCCAGCUGUGCCGCGUCGCAAUCUCCACGGGCAACAUCAUCAAUUUCAAGACUGCUAGGUUUAAAUGCCAUCGCUCCAGCGCAAAGGGCCGACCGUCAAGUGAACACAAGCGCUCUGAUGGAGCAGGCUCUACUUUACGGGCCUGCCUCAGUGGCUGUGAGGAACUUGAAUCAGACUUGGCCACCCUCGAAGCUUCUGCACGUAGGAGAAGACUGCUGGAAACCCUGCGGCAAUAUCUCUGGUGACUGUGCUUGGUGUGGUCUUGGAAAUGCGUGUUGCCGAUUUGGUGCCUCAAACGAUCCUGCGGAGUGUCAGGGUGUGACCUUUCCAACAAAGAAGUGGCACACUUGCGUUGCGCCGCAGAAGCUUUACAGCGUGAAGCAUGCUUCACAAGACUGUUGGUUUCACUGCAAAGCCCGCAGCGGUUUCUGUGACUGGUGCGGUGCAGGAAAUGCUUGCUGCAUGGAGAAAUCCAUGGCAACUGACGCUCCAGAAUGCAGGGGCGCCUAUGCAUUCGGUGUGGACAUGCAAUAUCGCUGUGUACCUACACUCGGCGUUUGCGAAUUUGGGCAGAUAUCGGAUGGCAAUGGGGGUUGCAGGGCGCCAGAUACCGCGCCGACCAUAAGCUUCUACAUGUACAGAGCCUCAGGCCCCGAGUGGCCCCGUCAACUCAACCUGAGCGUUGACAUGGGAAGCCUUGGCGGCGUGAUGUGGUAUCUGCACAACGAUGUUGUGACUCAUUGCCCUCGCAAGUUCGGAAUCGACCGUAUUCUUCGAUACUAUGUCACAAUGAAGCCCACACAGGCGCUCUACCAACAGGGAGUCUUAUUCGAUAGCUAUGCAGAAUUCCUGCAAGGCAAAGUUACGGAUCGCACUCUUCAGGCAAAUCAUUGGUCGCAGUACGGAUACAACGUGGGCUGUGUGCGACUUGAUGCGAAUCGAGCAGUCGCUCGCUAUCAGGAUGUCGUAUGGUAUUCGCUUCCUGGACGAUGCCCGAGCCGGGAUUUCGCAAGCAAAACGGAAAAAUGUGCUUUUGCCGAGCCGGGGGGCUUCUGUGAUAAGCCGAACGGUACCAGCACCUGCACGUGGAAUGCCAUCUUCGCAGGGGAGGUGUUUCUUGAUGAAGUCUCCGGCAUCGCGGAUUUCGACUCAUUUUGCAACCUGGGCGGCUUUGAGUACGAUAGUGCGACAGACAGCGGGAUCAGCAACGAUUUCUGGAACGGCAAGAUGAACUUUGAGGCAUGCAGCUGGCGCGUCAGCCAAGUGCACCAGCGGUUUGCCCAGAAGUACCCCAACCUGCCGGGAGCGUUGGACCGGCAUCCCUGCAGCCACGAGCAUAAGGAGGUCUUCGGCUUCGCAAGGUGGAAGUAA